AUGCAAGAUAAAAGACUUUUGUCUUCAAUUUGCUUUUCUAUCCCUGUGGGGUUGCAGAACAAAGCACUGCUAGUCACACGGCUGUCAGCUGAGAGCUGUCAAACAAACAAAACCUUUAUGAUUCGUUUCGACGUGCUGUUCCCUCAUGUUUUGAUGCCGUAUUCGCGGACCAAUCUAGCCUCUUAUUGGCUGAGAAUGGCUUUGGGCACCAUAUCUGAGGCGGAAGAGGACGCAGUUUCUCCGCACCAGGCUGCAUACCGCGCCACCGACAUCUCCUAUCAACAGAGCGUCUUCCCGUCUUCACUUUUGGUCGCUUUUAUUGAACCCUUUCCAGACAACAUUUUUAGCCACUCAGAAUGGCAGGAUAUCUUCGCAGCACACAACUCUCCACCCCUCCCUACAUAUUGCCUUAUUGAAUACCUUCUUAUCGAGAUGUCUGCCUUCCGUCGUGCGACUAUGCGACGCCCCUCUUCCAAGCCCACUGAUAAGAGCACCAUGGAAACCGUUUUCCCUCUUUUGGAGGCAGCCUGCUACGUGGCUACCUGCUUGAAGGCGUUGAACGCUCUGGGUCGCCUUCAGAUCCGCUCGGCCGACAAUGGAGUCGGCCCCGCAGAACUAACACCUGUUACGGCUCUACAUUAUGAUGGGGAAUCAAGCCUUGAACAUUGUUUCUCCAACGUCGUGGAGAGGUUUGAGGCAUCAGACGGUGUCUUUUCGUUUCGCUUUCUCUCCCCUUGGGUGCUCCUGAAUGUUAAUCAAACUGUCCCGGCCAACUUUAAUACUUCAAGGCUGCGUGAGGUGCUCCGGGAUGCUGCUAGAUCUUGCGAUGUUGAGUGGACUGUGAAGAACAUCAUCAUUAUCGAGGAUUCUGGCGUCGCUGAAGGACCAUACUUCUUGAAGUCCGGUAUUCUUCAAGCUUGGAGACUCUACCCUGACUUCCUAGACUCAUUCCAACUGCCUGUGAUCCCUGAUCUGUGGGGCAGUUCUAAAGGGGUUCGGUUUACUAUUCUAAGGUCUCUAUCCGAAGACGGCCUUGCUAAAAAUGUAGCUGUUCCAAGUCGGUUAUACUUCAGACCAACUCGUGAAAAGCCAUUAGCUGGUAUCCGGGUUGCCAUCAAAGACAACAUCAGGCUGAGAGGAAUCGUUUCUGGAAACAUGGACCAGACGAAGAAACGAGGUGCUGUGAUUGUUGGAAAGACGAAACUCGGAGCUUUUGCCUCCGCAGAAGAUCCUCCUCUCCAAUGGGUUGAUUUUCCAUGCUCGUGGACGCCUCGCACAAAUGGUUACCAGCAGCCUCUCGGAAGCAUAACCGGUGGCACAACUUGCAUCGUUGGAUAUCCCAUCCCGUGCCCCUGCUGCGUACAAUGGGGCGCUGCACCUUUUGGCGGAAUGUUGCCUAAUUGCCCUCAAUUUGAUACGAUAGGCCUUCUAGCUAGGUCUGUCGAAUAUUUACAAGACAUGUCAAAGCACAGUUUUGCGCCUGUCAUCAAAGAUGUGACGGAGGUUUUUGAGCCCAAGAUGCACUUCUGUGAGCAUAGGAUUAGGGAGUGCUCUAGCGAAAUUGUUCAGAAGUAUCCGAGAACCCUCUUAUAUAACACCGACUUCUGGUCUCCAAGCCCACACACGGAGGAGUACCAAGCCAUCGUUGAUGAGUUUCUUAAAAUUCUAGAAGCAUUUGGCAUAUCGAAAGCCAUCUUCAGCAUGUCAGAAAGAUGGGAGAAGAAUCCCCCUCCCGAAGCAAAUGGGAAGACUUUAGAUGAACAAUAUUCUAUCAAGGAAUAUAUGAUUCGUACCACGAAUGCGAUCAGUUCCGUAAAGAUCACUGAGAGAAAUUUAAUCGGCCCCCCUAUGUUACUCCCUACAUGGAAAGCAAAUGGAAGCUCGGCAGCAAAAUUACCCAGGAGCAAAAAGAAGACGCGAUUACAGAGAUGCACGUGUUUCGCAAGUGGGCUCGCGAGAAUGUUAUGGAUCCAGAUUCCUAGACUGCAUCUAAUGCAAUCAUGCUUCUACCGCAGGGGAAAGGAAAGCCAUGGAUACCAAUCGAUAGCUAUGGCCACUCUACUUGCUUCUCCCCAGUUAAUAAUUCCAAGCUCUCGGUCAAGUACCAUACCAUUCCCGUGUAACGGACAGAACCGAAUACCUCCCAGUCUCCACAACAAUUGCAGGCGCAAGAGGUAUUUAUCCAACAACGACACUGCAGUCCAUAGAUUUCUGACAACUGGUGUAGGUAGCGACAUUAUUAAUGACCGAGAGCCUAGUGUUCCGACUCGGCGAUUCUAUUCGGAAUGUGGUAACUCUAGGAACUUCCUAAUCUCCCCAGCAACUUUCGGCGUCUUUCGAUUCUAA